AUGCUUGGUUAUGAUAUUAGCUGGGCUGUGUUCAAUAUUGUUGAGGUUAUGAGUUCUCAGAAGUUCACCUUCAAACGUAUAGGAUAUUUAGCAGCUUCUCAAAGCCUUCAUGCUGGUACAGAUGUCCUCAUGCUUGCUACGAACCUUAUCCGCAAGGAUUUAAUGAGUUGCAAUUUGUAUGAUGCUGGAAUCGCCUUAUCGGGUGUUGCAUGUUUCAUUAACCCAGAUCUUGCUACGGAUUUAUACUCUGAUAUUUUAGGUCUGAUAAAUUCUCCAAAACCAUAUUUACGAAAGAAAGCUGUGUUGUUAUUAUACAAAGUUUUCCUUAAUUAUCCUGAAGCGCUUCGUAUUUGUUUCUCACAAUUGAAAGAUAAGUUGGAUGACCCAGAUCCAGGUGUACAAUCCGCAGCUGUUAAUGUUAUAUGUGAACUAGCGCGUAAAAAUCCUAAGAAUUAUCUAUCACUUUCACCUAUAUUUUUUAAACUUAUGACUACAUCAUCAAACAAUUGGGUUCUUAUUAAAAUUAUUAAAUUGUUUGGCGCAUUGACACCUUUAGAACCGAGACUAGGCAAAAAGUUAAUCGGACCGUUGACCAAUUUAAUUCAUAGUACUUCAGCAAUGUCAUUGUUAUAUGAAUGUAUAAAUACAGUUGUCGCUGUAUUAAUAUCAAUAUCUUCUGGAAUUCCUAGUCAUCAAGCUUCUAUACAAUUAUGCAUUCAAAAAUUACGCAUCCUAAUAGAAGAUUCAGAUCAAAAUUUAAAAUAUCUUGGAUUAUUAGCAAUGCGUAAAAUCCUAUUAUAUCAUCCACAAAGUGUACAACCUCAUAAAGAUUUAAUAUUAAGUUGUUUAGAUGAUAAAGAUGAAUCAAUUCGAUUACGUGCAUUGGAUUUAUUACAUGGUAUGGUAUCCAAAACUAAUCUUAUUGAUAUUGUUAAACAUCUGAUGAUACAUAUUGGUAAUGCUUCAUCUGGUUUACAUUAUCGUAAUGAAUUAUUAAGUAAAGUUGUAUAUAUCUGUUCACAAGAUAAUUAUCGUAAUGUUACAUCAUUUGAAUGGUAUGUAACUGUCCUUGUGGAAUUAGCUCGUAUUGAUGGUAUUCGAAAUGGUGAAUUAUUAGCAGCUCAACUUAUGGAUGUUUCUAUACGUGUACCAACUGUUCGAACUUUCUGCGUUGAACAAAUGGCUAUCUUAUUAGAUAUAAGUCAAUCGUUAACAAGUGAAGGUAAACAGAAUGCCAUUCAAGAAACACUUCGUGCAGCAGCAUGGAUAUGUGGUGAAUAUGCAAAUAGUUUAAACAAUCCAGAACAAACAUUGAAUUCAAUUGUUUCCAUUGCUCUUGAAUUACCCGGUUUAUCCGGUUCAAUUCAAUCUGUACUUAUAUUCAAUGCUUUCAAAAUAUACAUUGUUGUUGUUAAAAACACAACGUAUAAAUCUAUUCAAAGUUUAUCUUUAACAUCUACAAAUAAUAAUAAAUACCAAGAAAAUGGGGAACAAUUAAUUGACAUCAGUUAUAAUAAUAAUACUAACAGUAGUAUGGAAACUGUCAAUGAUCAAGUUACAAGUUUGAAUAUUUUACAAAAUUUAAUUAUUCAUCUCACAGAGUUGACAAAUUUUCUUAUGGAUAAAUAUACCCAGUAUGUACAUUCAUCGGAUUUAGAAGUUCAAGAACGUGCUGUGUCGAUUCAUCAAAUAUUGAGUUUAAUAUCAAAACGUUUCACAAAAAUCCAGUCAUUUUUAUCCGAUUCAUUGGUGGUACCACAACAAAAUAAUUCUUCAUCAUCUAUUUCAGACAAUUGUUCUUCACCUUCAUCUAGUCAUCAGUCAUUGAAUAGCUUAUCUGGUCAUCAAGUUCAUCAUUCUCAGCUUAAUAAUUCCUCUGUUAAUAUUACUAAUAAUAAUAAUUUAGAUGACAACAAGGCAGAUACACAACUUCAUUCACAUAAUAAUUCAAUCCAAAUGGUGGAUACUUUGCCUACACCUACACUACUAACCUGUACAGUAUCACUAACUGGUGUUCUAAAUUUAAUUCUUUCAACUGUCGAUGAAUUGACUGCUUUAUUCACUGAUGAAAUUAUCCCAGUAGCACCGAAAGCUCAGAAAAAAGUACCUAUUCCUGAAGGUUUGGAUUUAGACGCUUGGAUUAAUCCACCAGUAUUAAUUCGUAAGCAACCCUGGACGAAUACAAUAGAUUUUAUUGGAAAAUCUAUGAAUGAAACUGAUCAUGAUAAUGAUGAUCAUCCCAAUGAAUGUGAUAAUAUAUUUCCAGAUUUACAAGAUAAUAAAUCACAAACUAUUCAACUAACACCUGAACAAUUAGAUGAGAUGCGUUCAAAACGAUUAGAAAGUCAACAGAACAAUCCUAAUUAUUUGAAACCGAUGGUGAUGAAUACAAGAAAGGAUAAGCUGGAGAAUUCGUUAGAUGAACAACAAAAUGAUGUUAAUCUAAUUAACAAUGGUGUUGAGCAAUUGAAUUUGAAUGCAACUGAUUCUGGCAAACAGAAACAACAACCACAACAACAACAAUCCUAUACACAAACUAAUGCACGUAAAUUAGCUACAUCCGAUCAGUUCGCUGCUGAAAUACGUAAACAAUUUCAAACCAGUGCGUCUAAUGAAGGACGAAAACUGAAAUCAACAGCGCCAACAAGUAAUAAUUCGAAAAAGGCUCAUAAGAAAAAACAUCAAAUCACAACGUCACCACCAACUUCAUUAACAAAUAAUCAUCAUCAUUCUAAUCAUAUUGAAAAUACUUCUGAAGAAAAUGAACUAAAUCAUACUGCGGUCGGUAAAUUCACGUCACAUGUUGUUUGUUGUGAUUACGAUAUGCCUGAGGGAGUCUCUAUAGACAAUGAAUCAUCAAGUGAUACUGAACAUGCGAAUGAUCCACAUCAUCGACUAAAUAUUGUAUUGGAUAAUUUUAUUACACAAGAUAACCAAAAAUUAUCACAUUCUACUCCAUCUCGACAAAGUAAACAUACAACAGUUCACAAAAGUUCAUCAAAGAAAUCUUCGAAAUUAUCGUCUAAACACCGUAAAAUCAAUGAAAAAAUGAGCGAUCAUCAACCAAUUAAUGAAACACCAUCUUCCGAGAAUGUUAAUCAUGAGCUUGUAUUGGAUAACAAUGAUAACAAUACAACUGGUCAUCGAUCAGGCUACGAAGCAUUUGAUACAGAUCUGAAACAAACGAAAAGAUCAUCACAAACAACUUUGAAUUCUCAUCAUGAUCAUGAUCGACAGUCCCCUAAUAAUUCACCGAUAUCAUCAUCUAUUCAAUCAUGUAAUAAAUCUAUGAUUAGUAUUAACAAGAAUUGUAUCUCAACACCACCGGAAACACAAUUCUUUAUAUCAUCAAAAAUAAAUGCUGAAUUAUUUAAUUCACUUUUAUCCACUGGUAAAUUGAAUUCAUUUCAAUCAACAAAAAUUCAUUGUCCCAGUUUAUUGUUGAUUAUUCGUCAACUGGAAAAGUCCAAUUCUGUAACAAUGCAUACAACAAAUAAGAUAUUCACACAAUUAAUAUCUGUACUUGAGAAGAAGAUACCAUGUUUAGUAAUCGAGUCUUUGGAUAAUCGUGCUGCUUCACUCUACACCGAAUACAUUCCACUUAGAGAACCUAUAUGCAUUUUAAUGAAAAUAUCCUUCACUACUGGAAUAAUACGAACGGAUGUACGAUCGACCAAGGAGAAUGCUGUCCAGGCAUGUAUUACACAUUUAACAAAUCUAGUCAAACAGAUUGAAUUUACUGUGUAACAAACAGCAUGUUUAUACCAUUGAAUACAUGUAUGUGUGUAUGUGUAUGUAUUAUUCACUGUUCCUUCUGCGUCUUCUUGUAUGUUGAUUUUUUUUCUUCAAUAUGCUUUAUUCUUAUCCACAUUGUCGACAUUCUCCUCUGUUGUGAUUUAAGUUGUGUUUUGUUUUUUUCUAAUUUCACUACUACUCUGCGUUGUUGUGCAUUGUUAUUUUUCCUAUAGAACAAUCUUGUUUUAUGGGGCGGCGAUAACUUUUAAUACAUGAAUAACAUAUGUAUCAUUUUCAUUUUAUACAGAUAUAUAUACAUAUAUAUAUAUAUAUAUAUAUAUAUAUAUAUAUAUAUAAUUUGUCUAUCACCGAUUCUUGGCUAACUGUGAUCUUCAGUGGUUUACUCAUGAUGGAUCCCUGAUUGUUUGUAUUAUUACAUGUAGUAGUAGUUUUGUUGUAUCAAAUUGUCCUUGUUAUAUACAUAUACACAUAUACAUAUGUCUUUCAGAUAUAUUUAUAUAUUACAUAAUGUAUAUUUUAUUUGGUCUUUGACAAUAAAUAAUAUUACCAACACUACUAACGUGAGGUCGG